CAGUUAGCAGAGCUGGGAAAACCCUGGCCUGCUGCCUCCAGCGUCCAGCCUUUCCGCCGGCCUUCAGGACCAGCAAGGGCGGGACACCUGCUUGGCGCUGGCGCGCGGCCCCUUUAAGAGCACAGGGUGGGCCUGGCGGCGUCCGCGGUUGCCUGGAGACCGGAGCCGGGUCUGGGACGCAGAGAGCCCGGCAACACCUCAGCCCGAGCCCGGCGAGGUCUCUGGGCUCCUGGAGCGAGGUGAGCGCCCCAGGCCGCGGUCCUGCGUACGCCGGGACAGCCAUGGCGACUGGGUCCUGCUCCUUCCCGGCCGGACUGACGCGGCCUCCCAGGACCCGAGCACGUGCGUGAUGGGCGAGGAGGGCCUAGGCCGGGCAGACCAGUGCAGGGAGCCGAUUCUUCCCGGCUCACCGUAGACACAGGAGAGACGGCCUCUCCUUAAGCCCAGGAGAACAGAGGAAACAUUAGGAAACGCACUGAGAAACGAAAUUGGCUUGAUUUGUAGUUCACUUAUUUGUAGGUCACUGACAGAAGACCGAAAAGCUCGUAGUAAAGGCCCCUCUAAAUUUAGAGAGAGGUGGCAUCUCACUACGUGGCCUAGGCUGAUCUCCACCUCCUGGACUCACAUGAUCCUCCCACCUUGGCUCUCCAACGUGCUGAGAUCGCAGGUGUGAGCCACCACACCCGGCCCUGAUAAAACUCAUCAGUGCUUUGAAACAAGCAGCUCUGAACCAAAGAAAUCAUUUGAUUCAAGUAACCAUUGGAUCUUCCCAAGGCAAUGGUGAAAGAAAAGAAAAAAGCAGACAAAAAAGGGGAGAAGUCUGCCCGCUCUCCCUCAUCUCUCUCUCAUAAUCUAGACUUUUCCAAACAAGAUGGCAACACCACUAGGCAAGAGAUGUCCCCAGCUGGUGUCCCAUUGCUGGUAAUGCAGCUCAACGAAGUGAAACCCAAAAAAGACCCCCAAAACAUUCAGCAGAACGAAGAUGCCACCCAAUACGAAGAGUCCAUUCUGACCAAACUCAUAGUGGAAAGCUAUGAAGGGGAAAAGGUUCGUGGGCUGUAUGAGGGAGAAGGCUUCGCAGCCUUUCAAGGCGGUUGUACCUAUCGUGGUAUGUUUUCAGAAGGACUCAUGCAUGGACAGGGGACUUAUAUUUGGGCCGAUGGAUUAAAAUAUGAGGGCGACUUUGUGAAGAAUGUCCCGAUGAACCACGGCGUGUACACGUGGCCGGACGGCAGCAUGUAUGAAGGCGAAGUGGUCAACGGCAUGAGGAACGGAUUCGGGAUGUUCAAGUGCAGCACCCAGCCUGUGUCCUACAUCGGCCACUGGUGCAAUGGCAAGCGGCACGGGAAGGGCUCCAUUUAUUACAAUCAAGAGGGUACGUGUUGGUACGAGGGAGACUGGGUGCAAAACAUCAAAAAGGGCUGGGGAAUAAGAUGUUAUAAAUCUGGAAAUAUAUACGAAGGCCAGUGGGAAGACAACAUGCGCCACGGGCAGGGGAGGAUGAGGUGGCUGACCACCAACGAAGAGUACACCGGGCGGUGGGAGAGGGGCAUCCAGAAUGGCUUUGGAACACACACGUGGUUUCUAAAGAGAAUCCGCAGUUCCCAGUAUCCUUUGAGAAAUGAAUACAUAGGGGAGUUUGUAAAUGGAUAUCGUCACGGACGUGGCAAGUUUUAUUAUGCCAGUGGAGCCAUGUAUGAUGGAGAAUGGGUUUCCAAUAAGAAACACGGCAUGGGCCGAUUAACUUUCAAGAACGGGCGUGUGUACGAAGGCGCAUUCUCCAAUGACCACAUAGCCGGGUUUCCAGAUCUUGAAGUUGAAUUCAUCAGCUGCCUGGACCUGUCUUCAGGAGUUGCCCCAAGAUUGUCCAGGAGCGCCGAACUGAUCAGAAAGCUUGAUGGCAGUGAAAGUCAUUCUGUGUUGGGAUCGAGCAUUGAGCUGGAUCUAAGUUUGCUCCUGGACAUGUACCCUGAGACAGUCCAACCUGAAGAAAAGAAGCAGGUGGAAUAUGCUGUCUUAAGAAAUAUUACAGAAUUAAGAAGAAUCUACAGCUUUUACAGCAGCCUGGGAUGCGGCCACUCUCUGGAUAAUACCUUUCUGAUGACAAAGCUUCACUUCUGGAGAUUUCUAAAAGAUUGCAAAUUUCAUCACCACAAACUAACUCUUGCUGAUAUGGACAGGAUAUUAAGUGCCAAUAAUGACAUACCAGUUGAAGAAAUCCAUUCGCCAUUUACAACAAUACUUUUGAGAACAUUUUUGAAUUACCUCCUGCAUUUGGCGUACCACAUUUAUCAUGAAGAAUUCCAAAAGAGAAGCCCAUCCCUCUUCUUGUGUUUUACAAAACUGAUGACCGAGAACAUUCGUCCAAAUGCCUGCCAGAUAAAAGGCAAUUUAUUCCGUGAGCAACAGCGGACGCUCUACUCUAUGAAUUACAUGAAUAAGUGCUGGGAGAUUUAUCUCGCUUACUGCAGACCCAGCGCAGCGCCUCCCCACGAGCCUACGAUGAAGAUGAGACACUUCCUCUGGAUGCUGAAAGACUUUAAAAUGAUAAAUGAAGAAUUAACAGCAGCUACAUUUAUGGAGGUCAUAGCAGAGGAUAAUCCUUUCAUAUAUGAUGGAAUUGACAGCAACUUUGAACCUGAGGACGCCCAGAACAAGAGUCCCAGCUUGGUCAUGAGCCACGAAUCGGAUGCUGCUCACUCUGACAGUGCCAGGUCAUCUUCCAGCAAGUUAGAACUCUCGCCUGAUAUUAACAAAAUAAGGAAAUCAGAGCCCAAGAUCAAGAAGUCUGUAAGUGAUGAAAGAGUCUCCAAAAUGAAUUUUAAAUCGACUGGAAAAGGGAUCACCUUUUUCUCAUCCGAGAGCGAGAAAUAUGAGAGACCCAAGGAUGAUCGAAAGGAAGAGUUCAACACGUGGGUCAAUAAUAUGUACGUCUUCUUUGUGAACACGCUCUUUCAUGCGUAUGAACGUGAAGAAGCUAUCAAGGAGAAAAUAAGGGCAGACAGGUUACGUAGCACAGCACAGGCCCAGCAGCGGAAGAUGGAAGAUGACGAACUGGAAGCAAGGCUGAAUAUCUUUAUCUUGAGAGAGGAAGAGGCCGAGAGACAUGAGGUGGACAUCACGGUGAUCAAGGAGCCGGCAGAUGUGUCAUCCUCUCACCUCAUACUGGACCCUCCCAAGGAGGAUGUGACCGUGUCCCCAUCCAGCAAGACCAGCACCAGCAAGAAGAAAAAGGAGAGAGACACGAGGACACACACACAGGCUUAGGACGGCACGUGCUGUAAGAUUUCCUGAGCAUUACAGUUCUUAGCACUGAACUCGUCGCAGUGUUUUAACAUACCCCCUGGCCCACUGCAUCUCAGGUAUCCUACAUGGCUGGAUUACGGGAGUUCGAGACCAGCCUGGGCAACAUAGUGAGACCCCCAUCUCUGCAAAAUGAAAACAUCAGCCGACCGUG